CUAGUGAGAAAUUAUGAGUAACUUAUCAAUGGCCUUUCAUCUAGCCUUAGGCCUAUUUGUUUAUCUUAUUCUUGCGCAAGGUGCAGAAGGAAAUAUUGAUGAUUUUGAUUGUGUUGAGAUAUACAAACAACCAGCUUUCCAACAUCCAUUGUUGAAAAACCACAAGAUUCAGGAGACAUUCAGCUCAUAUGAUGAGAAUCCUAAAGGAAGCAACAAAGAUGAAACAAAAGAGUAUUGCCCGAAAGGAACGGUUGCAAUAAUAAGACAGAGAAAUGGAACUGAAAACUUUCAUCCGAACACAGCCGAAUAUUUUGCUCAACAUUUUGCAACAAUUGAGACGAUGCUUGAUGGAACUAUCUAUCGAGGAGCUGAAGCUGAUAUAAGUAUUCAUGAUCUAAAGUUGCAAGGUGUUCAAUUCAGUAAAAGUCAAAUUUGGAUAGAGAAUGGACCUGCAGGUCAACUCAAUAGUAUACAAGCUGGUUGGGCGGUGCAUCCAAGAAUAUAUGGUGACAGUGUCACACGGUUCACAAUACAUUGGACUAGAGAUGACUAUAAAGAUACAGGGUGCUACAACACACAAUGCCCUGGUUUUGUUGUUGUAAGUAGAAAUCCGAGGAUUGGAGGUCAGUUUCCGGGCACAUCUUUCUAUGGUAAAACAAGCCUUUUGUUUACAGUACAAAUUUUUCAGGAUCCAUUCAGUGGAAACUGGGCACUUAAACUGAACAAUGAAGUAAUUGGUUACUGGCCCAAGGAACUGUUUACACACUUGAAUGAAGGUGCUUCUCUGGUGAGAUAUGGAGGGAAUACGUUUAUGUCGCCCGAUGAAAUUAGUCCUCCGAUGGGAAAUGGACAUUUUCCGGUUUCAGACUACACAAAGACGGCACAUUUUAAGAAUGUGUUGCUUAUAAACUCCAAAUAUAAAAAGAUUUAUGUUGAGGAUAGUAAAGUAAGACGUUAUGCUGAUUCCUAUAGUUGCUAUAGAGUGACUUAUUGGGGUUAUACUAGAUCUAGUGGAGUCUCCUUUGCCUUUGGAGGACCAGGUGGAAAAUGUGGUGAUUAAUAAGGCCUUUAUAUUAUGUAUCAAUCAAAAGUAUAUCAAAUUUCAAAUAAAAUUCAUUUCAACGA